AUGGAUUGUCAAAAUUUAUCCCAAAUUUUACAAAACCGCAGCGGUUAUGACAUCCCAGGGCUAAAAAAAUUCGGAAACUCGCAUCUCUACCAUGAACGGACAUCGAAGAUUUUAAAAGGUAAAGCCAAUACAGGAUGGGUUUCAGGAUGUUUAGACCUUAAAGCAGAUAAAACUUAUGUUAACGAUGAGUUAGAGAAGAAAGCAAAUAAGACUCAUACACAUACCAUUGCAAAUAUUGCAAACUUACAAGAAACCUUAAACAGGAAAAGUGACGUUGGACAUACACAUACAUCUUCUGAAAUAACAGACUUAAACGUUAGCCUUGAAAAGAAAGCAGAUAAAACAUAUGUCAAUGAAAUAUACCAAAGUUUAGUUGGAACAACAAAAAAUAUUGAAACUAUUGUUGGUGACUUUUCUUUCAAUGAAGAAAACAAAUAUUUUAGAUGGCAGUUGGUACAGUCCUUAGAAAAUGGUAUACGGUAUAAACUCAUUCCGAAAAAUAACAAUGAAAUGUAUGUAAGCUAUAUAAAGAACGAUGGUACACAAGUUAAAGUUCCAUUAGACAACAACUGCUACUUAAACUUAUAUGGAGACGAACAAAAGAAAUAUUUAAGAGUUUAUGAAAUGGCAGAUAUGACAUUGCCUGACCCAGCUCCGGCACCAUAUUAUUAUGACUAUGGUGCUGAAGGCGGAGCACUACACGCAGAUGAACAAAAGCAAACAUUAUAUUUAGAAUAUUAUAGAUAUAAAAGAUAUAAUGCAAUAGAAAAAACGAGAAUAGUAUACUAUUAUAUAGAUGACAAAAAUAAAUAUUAUAGUCAAGAUUUUACCUACCCUGAAAACAUAAGAUUAUAUUAUAAAAAAUAUUCUGACACAAACCAGAAGAAACCUGAAAUAGUUGCACUAUAUUUUAAGUUCAAAAGAGACAAUCCUAUAAUAUCUCAUAUGUUUGAUUUCAUGAACCCAGUAGGUUCUAUUUAUACAUCUAUGGAAGCAAGAGGUCCUCAAGUAAUGUUUGGUGUUGGUGCAUGGGAACAAAUAGUCGACAGGUUUUUGUAUUGUGCAAACUCUUCAAAGGAAACAGGUGGUUCGAAGAAAAUUAAAGAAGCAAACCUUCCACCGCACACUCAUACAGGAACUACAAACUUUUCUGGUGACCAUAGCCACUCAUUACGAGACCAUCCAUUAUACAACUCAGAAUAUUAUGCUGGCAAUGACGUUUUAUCUCCAGAUUAUAACCAUUCGGCAAAAAAGACUUUUCGACCAACUGAACCAGGAGGAAAUCAUUCACAUACUUUCACAACAAAUCCAACAGGCUUGGGUGAAGACUACAUGCCACCUUACAUGACAGUUUACGCAUGGUAUAGAAUUGCUUAG